UCAGAUCCAGAUAUAAUGGGUUACUUACCAGCCAGUACUCGCAGGGUGACCCAAACAGGUGGUUGGUCGGUGAGAAGGCGAGAACACAGCCAAGACACCGCGUGUCUAUUGCCUCAGAGACUGGGGAGGCAGUCAGCAACCGCAGGGACAGAAGAGGAAAUGCAGAAGACUAAUGGCUUCCUGCAACUUUGCAGUGCACUGAACAUUAACUGUACAGUCACUGAUGAUGACCAAACGAAGUACAGCAUCUCAGAUGUGUCUUGGGUCUCAGAUGCCAAGGCGAUGAAGUGCGAGUACUCAUGGACAGGUACGCAAGUGAUUGCGAACCAGAAUGGAGAAAUGCCUGAGCUGGUGUUGACAAACAACAUUAAUACUCUUGUUAUCUUGAAGUGCCUCGACAACAUUGUCUUCACACGAAGCUGCGUCUCAGAGGGGACAGAAUACACAGCCAACUGUACUGUCAACUGCACUCUAAAGGCUCUCAGACUGUCUCAGAAAGACAAAGAGACCCGUUACUGGAUACCUAGUAUUGUGGUUCUCAUUAUCUUUCUGCUAGCGGUGGUGGUGCUGAUGUUCCUUGGUUUUCUGUACUCCAAACACAAAACUUGCAGCCAACUGGGAUGCAUCUACACUGUUGUGACGAAACAGAGCGUUGACCCAGAUGCAUCUGAUGUGGAGGCGGGGAAAGAGUAGAAAGACCGUCUUAUUUUCACCUUUCUAAGAUAUUGUGAUUUAAUCAAAUUCAUCUUGCCAUUUAAUCGGUUACAUGAUUUGAUACUGUGCCUGAGAAUGCGCCUUCCAGUUUCAUUGUAACUCUGUUUAUUAUCAUGAAGUAUGUAAAAGUAUACCGUCAUCUGGAGUAGUUUCUUAGCAUAUAAUGUGUAGCACCUUUUUAAAUCUACUGAAAACUAUAUUCAUGCUUUUUAAAUUGUCUUCCGUACAUUGUUUUAGUAGCUGUGUGCCUUUCUGUAGGGAACCAUGUUUCUCCUGUCCCUCUUUAAUCCAUAUUUUAGCAAUCUUAUUUAUCUUAUGCAUUCAUGUCACAGUUUACAUUGUGUUACCGUCACUGUUUAAUCACUCAAGGACAAUCAUGUGUACAUUCAUGUGAGUCAGGGAAACUAUAGAUGUUUUAUCACUUUCGACUUAAGUCAGGACCAGUCAGGACCCUGUACUGGUGUUAACUUGAACCAAAGCUGUGGAAGCUACGAGACUUGUAAUGCAGUACCAGAGAGUGCCCUUUCAGUGUCCUGUAGCAUUACAGUAAGCCCCUUUUCAGUCAUUACUCGCACAGAGACGUACAGAUAGUUUCAAAUGUAACAGUCUGAAAAAUAUAAUAUCUGAGAUAAUAUGGUUUUGAAAUAUAUUAAUUUAAACAAAUUGUA